GGUUGGUCUUUAUCUGGGAGAAAGUAAAAUGGUGAAAGACAGGGAGAGAUUUAUUCUCUAAUGAUUAACGUAAGGGGGGGACUUGCCUCCAAUUACAUGCCAUUUUGUUGAAAUGGCUGGGAUAUAAGAUAAAGACAGUGGAAACCACUGUAGGAGGCACAGCCUGCCCCGCAGUCAGUUGCUUCUGGCUCGGGCCACCGCGGCCAUGGGACCCCAGGUGCUGGCUGGACUGCUGCUGUGCCUGUGCGCCGGGCCCUGGGCCGAGGGCGGGAAGGUGCUGGUGGUCCCCAUGGAGGGCAGCCACUGGCUCAGCAUGCGGGAGGCCGUGCGGGAGCUCCACGCCAGGGGCCACCAUACAGUCGUCCUUUCUCCAGAGGUGAACAUGCACGUCAAGCCAGAGGACUUUUUCACCACGGAAACCUACGCUACUCCGAACACGCAGGACGAAUUUGAUUAUGUCAUGAUGGGCCAGGUGCAUGUGCUAUUUGAAAGAGUAAAUUUUCUAAAGAUGUUUUGGAAUGCGAUGGUAGGCUUGAAAAAUGCGUCUUUAAUCUUUCAAAGGUCUUGCGAGGCGCUGCUGUCUCACAAGGAUCUGAUCAGGCGCCUGAAUGCCAGUUCCUUUGAUGUGGUGUUAACUGACCCUGUUUACCCCUGCGGGGCAGUGCUGGCCAAGUACCUGACCCUUCCUGCGGUGUUUUUUUUGCGUGGCAUUCCGUGUGACUUCGAUGUUGAGGGCACAGCGUGCCCAAACCCUUUCUCGUACGUUCCUAGGCUGUUAACAAGGAAUUCAGACCACAUGACAUUCCUUCAAAGGGUCAAGAACAUGCUGUACCCUCUGGCCCUGAAGUACAUUUGCCACGCAUCUUACACUCCUUACGAACGGAUGGCGUCCGAGCUUCUUCAGAGAGAGGUGUCGCUGGUGGAAGUUUUUAGCUCUGCGUCCGUGUGGCUGUUCAGAGGAGACUUUGUGAUGGAUUACCCCCGGCCAGUCAUGCCCAACAUGGUCUUCAUUGGGGGUAUAAACUGUGCCAACAGGAAACCACUAUCUCAGGUCUGUAUUGGUGCUUUUAUUCCGUCCAUGUUCCAAGUGCAACCCAUUUAAAAAAGAACUUAUAUUCAGGUACUUAUUUAUCUACUGAUCUUUCUAAAUAUUUCCACCUCUCAGUCUCUUGCUAACAGUCCUGGGUGAGCUAAAUCGUUAAAGAGUCUCCAGUAGUGUGGUGAAGGCUUGUGAUGGUCUUUGAGAGGAGUGACAGGAAGGGGUGAGGGUCUGUAAUAGGUUUGGGAAGCAAUGGUGUGAUUCAACCCAGACUGCCCUUUGGUAAAGGCACCACGUCGUGGUUGUGCAGUUUUCUCCAGCUGAGCAGGAGCGGAGAACUUGAGCCGUGAACUCAUCCACCGGGGUUUUUGCUUCAUGGU